AUGUCUGCCGCAGAAGGUAGUAACGUAUUCUCAUCCUGGCAUUCUAUAGGCAUCGUAGUUCUGCUCGCGGUGCUGUAUUGGGCUGCGCAUAUUGUGCUUUCGCAGAGAAAUUCAGCAAUCCCGGCUGUCGGGCCACAAUGGCUCAAGGGACUCACCGUAGUCACCAGGCAUCGUGAACAGCUUUUGUGGGCUUGUAGCCAGUAUCCUGAUAGACUCAUCCGCAUUCCUAUAUUUCCCUUCGGCGGGGCCGUAGUCGCCAAUGGCUCCAAGCUCAUCAAUGAGAUCAGGACGGGCCCGGAUGAUACGUUCUCUCCGAAGGGUGCUGUCGAAAAGUUCAUCCAGUCCGCAUACACGACUGGUUCGAUAGUGGCCGAGACGGCGCUUCAUAAGCCCAUCAUCCGCAACCAGUUCACGCGUAACGCAGACUCCGUCUUUCUCGAUCUCAUGGAUGAGAUCGUGUUUGCGUUUGACAAUGUUCUUCACCUGCCAGAGAGUCAAGAGUGGGUCUCAUUUCCAGCUCUCGAUACCUUUGUGCAGGUACUCGCUGGAUGCACAAACAGAGUCUUUGUUGGCCUUCCUCUAUGCAGGAACAGGGAGUAUCAGCAGAUCGUCACUAACUACGCGACCCAGGUCGUCAAAUCCGCAUACAUCAUCAACAUGUUUCCAGACUGGUGUCAUCCAGUCAUAGGCCGACUCGUGACAAGGCCACAGAAAUACGUCGAGAAGCUCAUCGGCAUCCUCGGGCCCACCAUCGACGAGCGCUGGAAGAGCUAUAGAGUAUACGGCAAGGAAUGGGUGGACAAGCCCGACGACUUCCUGAUGUGGGUUAUGCAAGACGCCUCUCCCGGCUACCUGCAGUCCAAUGAGGUGCUUGUAACCUAUGUCCUAUUUAUAAACUUUGCGUCGAUACACACGACGAGUAUGCAAUUCACCCAUGCUAUGUAUGACCUGGCGUCCCAUCCGGAGUGCGUCGAACCUCUUCGCGACGAAGCAAGGGCAACCCUGCGGGAUCACGGAUGGACUAAAACGGCAAUGGAGCAAAUGCGCAAGCUAGACAGCUUCAUGCGCGAGUCUGCCCGAAUGGGUCCCACCAACCUCGUAUCGCUUCCACGCAAGCUGCUUAGAGACUGGACUUUCUCGGACGGCACGAUGGUCAAGAAGGGCACGUACAUGGGCGCUUCGACGUUCUCCGUUCACUUUGAUGAAGACAAGUAUGCGAAUGCACGCAUAUUCGACCCGUGGCGGUUCUGCAAGGACGAGAAGAGCUCGGACAAGCUGGUCGCAUCGAGCACCGAGUUCCUUGCGUUUGGUGCGGGGAAGCACGCCUGUCCUGGACGGUUUUUCGCAGCAAACGAGAUGAAGGCGCUGCUGUGCUUCGUACUACUAAACAUGGACAUCAAGCUAAUGGAUGGAAAGGGGCGGCCGACGGAUGAGUAUUUUGGAAACAGCAUCAUCCCCAACCGUUCUGCGCACCUUCUCUUUAGAAGGCUAGAGUGUGGUGAACGUCCCAGAAUGAUGGCAUCCUAG